AGACCGGCAGCUCGGCGAGGCCAUGUGAUGCUGGGCGCGAGAGAGCCGCUGCCGCUGUCGCCGGAGCCUCUUCCUUUCCUCGGUCGGAUUGAGGGCUGUCAUGGCGACCCCCAACAACCUGACCCCCACCAACUGCAGCUGGUGGCCCAUCUCGGCGCUGGAGAGCGAUGCCGCCAAGCCGGUGGAGGCCCCCGACGCGCCCGAGGCGGCCAGCCCCGCCCAUUGGCCCCGGGAGAGCCUGGUUCUGUACCACUGGACCCAGUCCUUCAGCUCGCAGAAGGUGCGGCUGGUGAUCGCCGAGAAGGGCCUGGCUUGCGAGGAGCGGGACGUGAGCCUGCCACAGAGCGAGCACAAGGAGCCCUGGUUCAUGCGGCUCAACCUGGGCGAGGAGGUGCCUGUCAUCAUCCACCGUGAUAACAUCAUCAGCGACUACGACCAGAUCAUCGACUACGUGGAGCGCACCUUCACAGGAGAGCACGUGGUGUCCCUGAUGCCCGAGGUGGGCAGCCCGCAGCACGCACGGGUGCUGCAGUAUCGGGAGCUGCUGGACGCGCUGCCCAUGGACGCGUACACACACGGCUGCAUCCUGCACCCUGAGCUCACCACCGACUCCAUGAUCCCCAAGUAUGCCACGGCUGAGAUCCGCAGACAUUUAGCCAACGCCACCACAGACCUCAUGAAAUUGGACCAUGAAGAGGAGCCCCAGCUCUCCGAGCCCUACCUUUCUAAACAAAAGAAGCUCAUGGCCAAGAUCUUGGAGCAUGAUGAUGUGAGCUACCUGAAGAAGAUCCUCGGGGAGUUGGCCAUGGUGCUGGACCAGAUAGAGGCCGAACUUGAGAAGAGGAAGCUGGAGAACGAGGGGCAGAAAUGUGAGCUGUGGCUCUGCGGCUGUGCCUUCACCCUCGCGGAUGUCCUCCUGGGAGCCACCCUGCACCGCCUCAAGUUCCUGGGACUGUCCAAGAAAUACUGGGAAGAUGGCAGCCGACCCAACCUGCAGUCCUUCUUUGAGAGGGUCCAGAGACGCUUUGCCUUCCGGAAAGUCCUGGGUGACAUCCACACCACCCUGCUGUCAGCUGUUAUCCCCAACGCAUUCCGGCUGGUCAAGCGGAAACCCCCCUCUUUCUUCGGGGCCUCCUUCCUCAUGGGCUCCCUGGGCGGGAUGGGCUACUUUGCCUACUGGUACCUCAAGAAAAAAUACAUCUAGGGCCAGGCCUGGGGCUUGGUGUCUGAC